AUGUUCAAAAAUACGCGUCCUGCUGUCGGUGGAGUGGGCAUGCGACUGAUGCAAAAAAUGGGCUGGAGGCCUGGUGAAGGCCUAGGCCCAGAUGGUAUGGGUCAUUUGGAACCGUUGCUACUGGAUGUGAAAAAUGAUAGGAAAGGUCUGAUCGCGCAAGAAGACUUCAAAAUAACGCAGUCCAAAAAUGAUGUCUCAGUCACAAAGCAUCCAGUUUCAAUGCUCAUGGAAUUAUGUGCUAAGCGUAAGUGGUCAGCACCAUCCUUCAUACAUCAUGAAAACGGCCCAUCAAAUAAUCGGGAAUUCCGGUGCACGGCCGUUGUAAAUGGUAAAGAAUAUCAAUCGAAUGUCGUCACUCGCAGUAAAAAGGACGCGAAGUCUGUAGCAUGUCAGAUCGUUCUACAAUCUCUUGGCCUCGUACCCCCCGAUCCAAAGUUGCCAGUCAUUAUUUGA